CCGGCCCCGCCCCGCGCAGGAAGCUGGUCCAGUUCGAGGUGCGCACUCGGCCGGCCGUCGCGGGAGGGCGUGUGGCUCGGCAGCACGUGGGUUCUGCGGCCGGCCCUCCCACGCCUCGCCGCCGCCCUAUAUGUGCGCUGCCCGCCCCGGCAUGGAGCGCGCCGCCCUGCCGCGACGAUGGAGGCCGUGGAGCUGCGCUUGCUGGACACGCUCGCCUACCUGAUGGGCCUUGCGGGCGCCCUUUGCUUCCUGCUGCUCCAGCGCCUCUCGUCGCCCUACGGCCGCUACGCGUCGCAGUGGCCCGGCCCGCGGGUGCCGGCGCGCCUCGCCUGGGCCCUGCAGGAGCUGCCCUCGCUGGCCUGGCCGCUGCUCGAGUGCGCCUGCGCGUCCGCCCGGGGCCUGGACCACCUGCCCAACCGCGUGCUGCUGGCCAUGUUCCUCGUCCACUACAUGCACAGGACCCUGAUUUUCCCCUUCCUGAUCCGAGGAGGAAAGCCAACACCGCUGUUCACCUGUGUAUUAGCCUUCCUGUUCUGUGUCUAUAACGGCUACUUGCAGAGCAGGUACCUGAGCCGGUAUGCCGUGUACGCUGAGGACUGGGUGACCCAACCCCACUUUUUAGCUGGGUUUGCCUUGUGGCUCACAGGCAUGCUGAUAAACAUCCACUCAGAUCACAUACUGAGGAAUCUCCGAAAACCAGAGGAGACAGGUUACAAAAUUCCACGGGGAGGCUUGUUUGAAUAUGUAACCGCCGCCAACUAUCUGGGGGAAAUCGUGGAGUGGUGUGGCUUUGCGUUGGCCAGCUGGUCUCUCCAAGGCGCGGCUUUUGCUCUGUCCACAUUUACCAUUUUAUUCCCCAGAGCAAAACAACAUCACCGGUGGUACCUUGAGAAGUUUGAAGAUUAUCCAAAGUCUCGGAAAGUUAUAAUUCCAUUUUUGUAUUAAGUGUGUCAUCAAGGAGACGGUCUUCAUCUGGAAGUCUUGCUGCUCCUUCUGUGGGAGACCAUAUAAAUGAGCCAGAUCGCUAUAAUUUUCCUGCUUCUUGAUUGUUUUCCAGAUAGGCUCAAUGGAGUUUUUUUACAUAGUAAAAUUUGUACACUACCUAAUUAUACAUUAAUCAAAGUGAAAAGCAGGCUGAAGGGUUAUGCCACAUCAGUGGUCCGGAAUUUUGAACCAUCAGAACUUAGUACUGUUGAUGUCUUUCAUUUCUAGUUUACCUUUUUUGACUAUGGAUAGCAAAGUGCGUACAGGAACAAUUUACAGGCCUUUUUUUUCUGUGUGUGUGUGUGGUACCAGGGAUUAAAUCCAGGCCCUUUGCACUGAGCCACACCCAGCCCUUUUCAUGCCUUAUUCUGAGACAGGGUUUUGCUAAGUUGCCAGAGACAUCGGGCACUGGUCCCAGCCAGGUCUCAGAAGAGGUGACCAGGGUAGGGUGGGUGCCAGUGGCUGCCCCUGAACAGCAAGCUGCCCAGUCUCCUGUGAGGGACCCUCAGGUGGCCCCAAGGUGCAGCUGCUCUGCCUUCCUAGCCUGGUGCCUGGCUCGCUUCCCAUGAGCAUGAGCCUUAAAUACGCUCUGUGGUGGUACUUUUUUUUUCUUCCUUUGGAUGAAACUAGAAUUUUUUAAACUCGAGUAUCUCACAAUUUUACAAAGCAAACUCAUGAAACUGUAUUGCAGGAAACCAGCCUUUGAGUUUUUCCUGAUAGGGGUGAACAAGGAUGAAAGACAAAAAGACACAGUCAGUUUAGAGUGCAGGUGCUCUGACCUCUAGUGGACGGAGAGCCCUGAGCAUUGGGCUCGCCUUGCUUAUUCACUUAGACACCGGAGAAGCAAUUAGAGUAGCCCAAGAUUCAUCUGCCUGCCGUUAUCUAUAUAGUACGUGCCCAGGGAAACAACCGGCUCUCAGCUGCGUUGACGCUUGCCUGGAACCUGCAACGGGCCAGCAUGCCUGCGUGUGGUCAGAGGAGCACAGCUUGCUGUUUCCCCCUUAGUGUCCACUGGGAAGGUCAGUUAGGCCUCGAUUCUUAUUUUCUAGUCUUCCACACACUGUGUUUCCGCUGAUGUAUUCCAGGGCCCACGGAGGUAAUUGGCUGUCAUAAAAUGCACUGCUUAACCUAAGGAGGGGAGGCCUCCAAUAGCGCAACGCUGAGUCCGGGGUCCUGAGGUCUCCUGGGCCAUGCUCUGGCUUCUGAAGUCUUCCAGGAGGUGGGAGAAAUGGCAGUGACCAUUUCGGUAAUUUCGUCUGUAUUAAUUUCUAAAUUUCUGCUUUAUCUUUCUUAUUACCAGUGUUCUAAGUCAAGGUGGAUUUUUUUAUUAGGACAUGUUUGUCAGACAUAAUGAUCACAUUCAUGAUUUGUUCCUGUACAUAGUGUGUGUUAUUUCUUCUUUUUUUCCCGUUCCCCUGCUGUUACGGUUUGUGCCUAAAUGUCCCCUCAAAGCCUCAUGUCAUAGGUGGGGCUUUUUCAGAGGGGGCUGGAUCGAGAGUGUGCGACCGAGUCUUGGUGCAAUACUGGGAAUAAAGGUGUCUGAUUACUAAGUUGUUGCACUGAUUGGUUUAGCACCACCCUAACCCCGGUAGUCUGGAUAAAAUAAAGGGGACAGAAAGAUGCUGUUCAGGCCCCUUCCUGCUUUGCUAACUUCUGUCCGCUGUGAAGUGUUCCUCCGUGAAGCCGCCCUGCUUGAAGCCAGCUGGUGAUGGACUGAAACUUCUACAAGCUAUGAGCUAAAUAUACCUUUCCGCCUUUAA